UCCAGGGUCUUCUCUCAUUGCUUGGAGAUGUUCCUGGUCUGUUUGUCUGACUUUGAAGCUUAUGCAAAGAAACAUCUUCCCAAGGUUACUUGGGAUUACUUUGCAGCUGGGGCGGAUGAAUCUUGCACUCGGGACGACAACCUCAUGGCAUAUAAAAGGAUCCGAUUGCGGCCCCGUGUGCUACGCGACGUGUCUGUGGUAGACACCAAGACCAUGAUCCUUGGCACGGAAAUCAGCUUCCCCGUAGGGAUUGCGCCCACAGGUUUUCACAAGCUGGCUUGGCCUGAUGGGGAGGAGAGCACCGCCAAAGCUGCCGAUGCCAUGAACACCUGCUACAUUGCCAGCACGUACGCCACUUGCUCAAUGGAAGAGAUAGUUGCUGCGGCACCCACGGGCUUCCGGUGGUUCCAGCUUUACAUUCAUCAGAAGAGGUCGGCCUCGGAGUGGCUGGUGAGGCGGGCCGAAGCCUUGGGUUUCCAGGCCGUGGUGCUGACGGUGGACGUCCCCUACAGCGGGAAGAGGCGUGAAGACCUCCGCAACGACUUCCAACUCCCGCCGCACCUGUCUGUCAAGAACUUGGAAGGCAGCUUUGAGGACCACGAUCGUUCAGAGUAUGGCCUGCCUGCCAAUUCCAUGGAGCCCCGCCUUAGCUGGGAAGACAUCCGCUGGCUCCAGAGCUUGACCCACCUGCCCAUCGUCCUCAAGGGAAUCCUGACAAAGGAAGAUGCGGAUCUGGCCGUGAGACACGGAGUCCAAGGGAUCAUUGUCUCCAACCACGGUGGGAGACAGCUGGACGGGGUCCCGGCAACCAUUGAUGCUUUGGUGGAAAUUAAGGAGAUUGUGCAAGACAAGGUUGAAGUUUAUUUGGACGGUGGGAUACGGACCGGAAGCGAUGUGUUGAAAGCUCUGGCCCUGGGGGCCAAGUGUGUCUUCAUUGGAAGGCCGGCCUUAUGGGGUCUCGCCUAUAAGGGCGAAGAGGGACUUCGAGAAGUGCUGCAGGUAUUAAAAGAUGAAUUUCGUUUGUCCAUGGCUCUAACAGGUUGUCGCAACGUCUCCGAAAUUGGCCGGCACUUGGUUCAGUCCUCCAGACUGUAG